GGAGCCCGCAGCUGCGGAGGGACUGGCCGGGCCCGGCCGAUAUGGCGGCGCCGCCGGCCGUGCAGAUCCGCGAGGCCAACGCGCACCUGGCGGCGCUGCACGGGCGCGUGGCGGAGCUGGAGCGGCGGCUGGGCGCGGCCGAGCGCACGGUGCGCGGCCAGGCGGAGAGUCUCAUCCGCAAGGACGGCGAGCUGCGCGCGGCGCUGCGGGAGCUGGGGGCUGCCAAGGACAGAGAAAUUACUGCUCUGCAGCAGAAGCUGCUCUCAUCUGAGGAGACAAUUCAGAAGCUGUUGAAUGUCAUCCAGAAAAAAGAUGACUUAAUUGUACAGCUGAAGCACAGGAGUCAUCUUCUGACUAAAAUCUGCAGAAACCGACCCAUCCUGGACAGUCUUCUUUCUUACAUGGCAGAAGGGGAACAGUUAAGUACCUUUCCAGUGACCCAAAGUGAUUCCAGUUCUCCAGUUCAUGAUGAGUUCCAGGAGUCAAACUGCAUCACCAACCAGAUAUCAAAGAACAAAGACUUCUCUCUCAGUGAAGAUGACCUGGAAGAUCAGGAAUUGGAUACGAGCCAGGUUGGGACGACAGUGUGAACUGAGUGUGGAACGUGAUGUUUAUUACAAAUACUCCAGUUCUGAUUUUCAAACUUCCUUCUGUUUUUAAUCUUGUCCUGAAAGAACUGGGUUCAGAUGGGAGUCUGUCCCCCACCCCCGCAGUUCUUGCAAGUAUAGAAAAGGCUACCUCCUUCAUUGAGGACUCAGGAAAGUGGCUACUUGAGUGGAUACUAACCCUUGUUGAAAUGGAAACUUAUGGGUUUUCCACUGUUCCUUUAUCAUGGGGAUAUUUUCAUUCAUCCUGUCCUUCAGUAUUUACUUUCCUCUGUGACACAAAACACUUCAUGUUAAGGAAACUUAAGUCAAAUGCUGUAUGCCUAGUAGAUCUUCCAGCACUGGUGGCCAAAUGUAUCUCCAUCGACUUUCAGCUUCUGUUGGCCUAAGUGCUGCUCCUCAUCCAGGUCUGCUGCAUAUCAGAGCCAUAGACAGUGACUGAUUAGAGCAGGAUCUUUUCUGGGAAGUUUGGCUGCAUUGGUUUUAGUUCUAUGUUGAAUUCCUAACCUGAUGUUUUGUUUUUGAGAUUAGAUUUGUUAGUUAAGAUUAAUCCAAAUCUUUUCUUUUGCUCUGUGGAGUUAGCACAGAAAGACGGAAACUAGGGUAUGGGUUUGAGGCAGAUUCACAAUGUAAAUGGAGGGAAUCCAUUUUCUGAAAUUCACCUUCUUUCCAGAUUGUCUUGUCUGUUUUAAAAUUAGUGGAGGAAUUAAUGGGAAAAUAUCACAUUCAUUAGUAAGAGGUGUAGCCACUACAGUUGGUGGUGGGAUUUUAAGGAAUAUUAUGCAUAAAGUUAAGUUUCUGGGUAGAAGGGUUGGUUUCUGACUUGAUCACUCUGACUUGCAUUUAAAACUUGGUAGAAAAAUUAAUCUAUUUUAAGCUUUUUAAAAUUCUGCCUCUUACGGCUUUAAGAUUGGCACCAGUCACUGCAUGGAAACUUUGCUGCUGCACAAAGUGGCCAGCUGUAACCUCUCUGCCUUUGUCUGGAACAUGUAGAUUUUCUCUGUGGUCUAACCAGAUUUCUUUUCCAAAUUCAUCUUGUUUAAACUCUCUGACUGACAGCAGCUCUAUAUGCAAUUCCCUGUAGCUGGCUAAGUACUUUCUUAUAUCUAUCAUAAAGACCUGCUUUUAUAUGGGACGUUCAUUGUUCAGAAUUCUUCAGCGGGAAACAAAAUGUGAGAAUGGUUAUUCGACUUCAAAUAGGAGUAAAAGAAAAUCUCUUAAAAUUCCUUUUUGAGAAACUCUUAUAAACAUAUGCAACAUAUUUAUACCCCAGAGUGAAUUUCCUGUAUUUUUAUCAAUCUAAAAUCCUUGACUAUUUUUGGUUACUAAAGAUUCCUUUGCAUUUUUUGCAAAACAGGGUUUUGGCAAUUAUGUUCUUGCCAAAUACUAACUCAGGUAAAUACAUUCUGCCUCCAUAUAAUCUCUGCCAUUUACAGUAAAUAAAUAAUUCUUAACUUCUUCAUCAGAUGUGUGGGAACAGUGCUGGUGACAGGAUGGAUAGUUACAUACAGUGAGAAUGGUAUUUUUGUAGUGGGUGGAGUGACCUCUCUUUGAAGAGUUUAUAAAAGCACUUGGUGAUUUGGGAUUAUAGGUGCUAUGUAAACAUAAGGGAUUAUUUAUCUCUUUACAAGUCUAAAGUAAAUGUGCAACUUCUUGUGAACAUGUACAUUAUGCAGGUCUGGCCCAGUCUAUGUGGUGUCCCUUCAAUGUAAACAAUCAAUCUUCAGUGCAAUAAGAAUAUCCCAGUGUAUUUUUCAUCUAAAAUUAGAUGUAUAAAAUUUUGCAUCUGCCUAUAUAGAGUUAGGAAUUCCUUUGUAGUUUGUCAGAUUCAGAUGCAGAUAUUUGCACUUAACAGAAAAAGAACAUCUUGCUCUCUUACAAGGUGUCUCUCUUUCCCAGUGGAGAAGAAGGUGUCAGAAAGGACCCAACUGUGUGCAAUGGCAAGAAAGACAACUGACUCAAAUAUGUGUCCAAAGCAAUAAUACUUCUCUUUGUUUAAGCUGCAAGUGCUCUUGUCAUGACCCUGGUGCAAAGGAUACAAGAUAUGGUGGGACAGUCAGCCUUUUGAAGCUUCAACCACUAUCUCAUUACACUCCUUGCCUCUUCUAGUUGUCAGAGUUUGGGAUGCGUAACUCCCUCCACAGCAAAAUGAGACUAUAACCCUAAUUAGCAUAUGUAUGUUUACUUGUUACUAUUGUACAAUUAGGGUGCAAGAAAAAAUGUAGGACCAAGGGAGCUCAAAUUAAUCUUCUUAAAACUGUAACAGUCAGGCAAUUGGACAAAAUGGAUUUGAAGCACUGGAAUGGGUUACCUAGGGAGGUGGUGGAAUCUCUGUCCUUACAGGUUUUUAAGGUCAGGCUUGACAGAGCACUGGCUUGGGUGAUCUAGUUGGGGAUCGGUCCUGCUUUGAGCAGGGGGUUGGACUGGUUGGACUAGAUGACCUCCUGAGGUGCCUUCCAACCCUGUUAUUCUAUGAUUCUAUUUGUGGCCUGUGAAACCCUAAUGGGAAAGAUAAAACUACAUUUAGUUGUGUGCUGUGUCUGCCUUUAUUGGCACUGAUCUCAUACACUGGUAAAGUUCUUAAGGCUCUGUCUUUGUGGCUAGUGUAUUAAAGCUAUCACUAUACCAGAGGUAGGCAACCUAUGGCACGCUGAUUUUCAGUGGCACUCACACUGCUCCGGUCCUGGCCGCCAGUUUGGGGGGCUCUGCGUUUUAAUUUAAUUUUAAAUGAAGCUGCUUAAACAUUUUUAAAACCUUAUUUGCUUUACAUACAACAGUAGUUUAGUUAUAUAUUACAGACUUAUAGGAAGAGACCUUCUAAAAAUGUUAAUGUAUUACUGGCACGUGGAACCUUAAAUUAGAGUGAAUAAAUGAGGACUCGGCACACCACUUCUGAAAGGUUGCUGACCCCUGCACUAUCAUUUGGCCCUAAUGAGACAUAGUCAUUUUCAAAACAACCUGACUACACAGGUGGAUUUUGAGAGCAGAUUUUUCAAAGUGCUCUAAACAGAAAGCUCUGCUCAACUAUUGAAUGUGAUGGCUACAGAAUAAGAAAGCUGAAGUUGCAAAAGUAUUUAAACUAUGCUGAAGUCAUUCCAUGGCCUUGAACCAAAAUGUUCUUAAAAGCUCUAUAUCCAUUCGUUCUCUACAGUGAAAUUAAUUCUGCAGGCAGCUCAAUAUCUGCAGAUCUCUAAAGAAGGAGAUAAAUCCCAAGCAGAUAUACAUACUUUAAAUACUUUGAGAAAGAGGAUGAUAUUGUACAUUCCUUCAGCUCCUGUCCAAUUCAGAGUUUUAAGGAAGGCAAAAGAUUUAAAAACUUUCCAGGCCUCUUUCUAAACUUUAAGGAUGUAAACUUGUGUCAACAUUUCAUCCAUUUAUCAUCUGUUUGUUACAGUGGGUGAAGGGCUAAGCAAUUAGUUAACUAUUUUAAAUAAAAACUCAUUUAAAGUUUUUUUUUUUUCUUACUGAUUAUCAUGGCAGUGUCAUCCAGCUGCCUGCAUUUAUUGUUUUUUGUUGCAUUUGCAUCUGUCCUCACUUAAGUUUUUCUUGCCGGAUACAAAAUAAAGAUAUUUUGGCAUAUUCAA